AUGGCCAACACCAGGCGUUCUUCACGGCAGCUUCUGACCAAGUCCCUAGAGACUGAUGGAACGAGGGGUGUUACAAUUGAUCCUCAGCCAAAUCCAGGUGAUACUUCUGAUAAAUGACCAGGGACAACGUCCACUCUACGUGUUCUCAUCUUUUAUACGCUUUUUUUUUAGGCAGGAUGUCCAAAAGGACUCUGCUCAUUUGAAAUGCGCAAGAAAUUUGUCUGAAUAAUGUUGUUUUAAACUCUCGCCAUACUACCUCCAGUGUCAGAAACUCCCGUGGAGGAUUCGGAGCCCGAGGUUAGAACGUACGCGAGGAAUAAGAGGAAUAGAGCGGGACGAUUUUCGGACGCGGAUAACCUACCGGAGCAACUCAGUAGGCAGGUAAUGCCUCUCUUUUGCACGGGUCUCGACGUUCUAUCCUCGGUCCUUUUAGGGGGGUAUAAUGCACGAGUAUUUGAAGUAGGUUUACCUUUUCUUGCUUCAAUUAUCCCGUUGUUCCAGCUUAAUCAGAAGCCAGCGAUUUUGCCUGACAUUGAGGAGUUUGAAUACAAAACGAAGGCGAAUAAAGUUCCUAGUAAGAGUACUAACCCUGGUGCGCUUUUCUGUGAGCUGUGAUGUCAACUUCGAAUCAUAGAUCAGCGGAAACGCAUUGAAUUGUAAAUUUUCUUCAUUUCAUCUUUGAUCGCAGCAUUCUCAUUUGAUUCUUCACCUGAGGUAGUCACAUUAGUAUCAUGAGGUUUUAUGGAAACAGAAUGCACAAGAGUUAUUAAUGAUUCGACUUUUUUGAUGAUCUGAACUCUACAGCACUUCCAUUUUCAGAUAAUACUGAGUUUUAUAUAAUUCAAAAUAUCGAUUUUUUCUGUUGAAGAUUCAUUCAUUUGGUCUAGAGAUUUGAUGGAGUGAUCAGAAGCCUGUAUCUAACAACAAUUCACUCAUUUCUUGCAUCUCUCAUUUGAAGAGGUAAUUUGCCUAUUCCUCUUUUCAGGACAGAAACAAACCAUUCAGACCCACAUGUCACGUGAGAAAGAGGUUCUUUCACCUGUGUCGGCAGGUAACUGGAUACGUCAAAAUCAUAAAAAAGAUUGAUAUCUGCCAUGUUUCAAUGUUAUAAGUCUUACAUUGGUAUUAUUUUUCGAUGUAUAAAAUGUCUGGACAUGGUCUUUUUCUUUUUAGGAGUUGCAUAAUACAUGAACUGAUGUUUAGUAUUUUUCUCUUUUUAAAGAUCUGUCUAUUUGAUAUGAUACAGUGGACCCACCUGCCAACUGGAAAGAAGUCCUAGAAGGGAUUCGAAAAAUGAGAUCGUCAGAAGAUGCUCCAGUGGACUCGAUGGGAUGUGAGAAAGCAGGGAGUUUUUUACCUCCAAAGGUAAUCAAGCAUUCUCCGCUUCAUUGAAACGCUUUGGGUUCUAACUUCUCCAUUGAACCGCUUCAUUCAAGCCUGUGAGAGUCUAGAACAUUUGGUCAUAAACUUUCGAACCUAACUAUGAAUUUUAUGUUUUGAUGUAGGUAGGAAAGGAAAACUCAGAUAAUAUAAUGUUUGAAAGAUUACGUGAUGAUUUAAGCAUUAUCAGCGAAAAAUCUCCCUCUUAAAUUUGGAAUGUCUCCUUUGCACAUAUACUCGGAUUAUACCCUUCUCUAGAAAAUUUCAUGAAUGAAAGGGCAUCUUUUUUGGCCUUUUCUGCAAAAAAACAUUGCAUAUCUGAAUACGCCGUGUUUUAAUCCUUACCAGGAAAGAAGGUUUGCUGUUUUGGUAUCUUCACUUCUUUCAAGCCAGACGAAGGAUGAAGUCACGCAUGGUAAGUCCCAAGUGUCUUCCAGCUUUUUACAGUUUAUUUUGUGUAUCACCCUUAAAAAAAAUCAGAUGAUACUACUUCAGAAAAUCGCCUCAAGCUUUGGUUCUAAAGACUUUGUUUCCAUAUUAUCCAAUUUUACGUUCGAUGGAUCAAAUAUUCUAGUCCUAGAAGUUCCAUCUUUCAAACGUGCCUGUGCUGAUAAGAGUUCAUUCUGUAAAAAAUCAAUGAGUGCAGGUGCUAUUCAAAGGCUUUCUCAGGCUGGAUUACUUGUCCCUGAUGCAGUUGUUAAGGCCAAUGAAACAACCCUCUCAAACAUCAUCUACCCAGUACAUUUACCAUCACUCAUAAUCUCCAGAGUUUAUUUUAUUUUCCAAAUGGAUAGUUUUUUACUUCUUUAUAUUUCAGCGCAGAAAAGCUAACUUUAUCUCCAAAUGUCAAGCCUCUGAAGUUCUUUCUUUUUGAUAUCUGGCUCUCGUCAAUAUAUGUUUUUGUUCGUUCUGGACAUCCACAGAGACUUUGCAAAACUUUUUUUCAUCUGAUUAUUGAUUUACAAGUGAAAUCAUCCCAAUAUGGCUCAGAAUACUGUGUACCACUAUCAUACACUGACCUACAUCUCAAUGGGUUCCUAGUUAAAUCUUGGCUAAAUUUUCUUGAGUAAUUGCUGUCACGAUUAUUUAGAUUUAGCUCACAACUUCUUUACUCUCCUCUCGAUUAGGUUGGAUUUUACUCGAGAAAGGCCCAAUACCUGAAGAAGGUUGCUGAAAUAUGCCUUGAAAAGUAUGAAGGUGAUAUUCCCGGUUCUUUGGAGGGGCUGCUCUCUCUUCCAGGGAUAGGUCCUAAGAUGGCACAUCUGGUAAUACUACCUUGAUUACUUCGCCAUCAUUUGUGGACGGGUUUUUAAGUUAAUUGCACUGAAUUUUCAGUGAAUUAUGCUUGUACAGGUUAUGAAUGUUGGAUGGAACGAUGUUCAAGGAAUAUGUGUGGACACUCAUGUGCAUCGGAUAUGUAACCGCCUUGGAUGGGUUUCAAAGCCAGGCUCAAACCGGGUACAUUGUGGCUCAUUCAUUAAUUUCGGAUAAACUCCUGUGUCUGAUGCUCACUGCUGUUAUUUUUUUCUCAUAUUUGCUAGAAAACAUCUACCCCUGAGGAAACGAGGGUUUCUUUGCAGACAUGGCUACCGAAGGAUGAAUGGGUUGCGAUUAACCCUUUGCUGGUACACAUUCUUUUCCUUUGAAAGUAACCCUGCGUCUUAUGAUAAGAUCAUUCGCUUUCCUUUCUGGAGAUGUUAUUAUUAUCUAUACUAAAAUCUUUUUUUUCUACUCCAUCUACAGGUUGGGUUUGGGCAGACGAUUUGCACUCCUCUCAGGCCACACUGUGAAGACUGCAGAGUAAGUAAUUGCUGCCCGUCAGCCUUCAAAGAGACGGCAGUGUCCACCUCCAAAACAAAGAAAUCAAUUCCCAUGAAAGGCUCUUGA